AUGAUAAUGUGAAACAUCUACCUGGUUGGUACAAACUUUUCCAUUUUUAUUAAACAUUCACUGCUACAUAUUCUGCAUUUUUUGCGGAAAACAACUUUUUGAUUGCAUUGAUAAGUAUUUUUCCACAUUUACUAAUUUCUGUACUUUAUACAUUCAUAUUUAUUCACCUCGCAUAUUAAGUAUUCCAUACAUACCGUUGCACAUAUCUUAUAUAAUAUAAAUAAAAUGGAACAUGCGAAGUUGGAUCAGAAGUUUGUAGAUCAAAUCAAAAUGGGGUGGACAGUAUUUUUACUUUGUUUAGCUCCAGUGCUCUUCGAAAACAGUAUAGGUGCAAGUAGCGUGCUCCAGACUACCAAAAAUUUUGAAAAAUUGAAAAUUAGAGACGGCUUAAUCAGAGGUACAGUUGAACAAACCAUAGGAAAUGGAACAAAAUACUAUCGAUUUCUAGGCAUACCAUACGCCGAACCUCCAGUAGGAGAUCUGAGAUUUGAGCCGCCAAGGCAAAAUAGAAAAUGGAGUGGAGUUUUGAAUGCUACAACAGAUGCAUCACAAUGCGUUCAAGGUACACAAUCUGCUAAAGGAUCAGAAGACUGUCUUUACAUAAAUGUAUAUACACCAAAUUUACAGGGAAAUUUAUCCGUUAUGGUAUGGAUUUAUGGAGGAGCAUUUAUCAAUGGCAACUCCUCUUACGAAAAUUACCCUCCAGAUUUCUUCCUUGAUCACAAUGUCGUUUUUGUUUCUUUCAAUUACCGUCUAGGAAUAUUCGGAUUUUUGAGUACAGGAGAUUUGGUAGCGCCAGGAAAUGCAGCUCUCAAAGAUCAACAGUUAGCUCUGAAUUGGGUACAAGAAAAUAUUAAAUACUUUGGGGGCGAUCCCAAGAAGGUUACGAUUUUUGGAGAAAGUGCCGGGGCUGUUGCUGUUUCUUAUCAACUUCAAUCUACACGAUCAAGAGGUUUAUUUCGGAGUGCUAUCAUGCAAAGUGGAAAUACUUUAUGUUUAUGGGCUUUAAACCGACGAGCUAGAGAAAUAGCUUUCAACACUGGAAAAUUAUUGAACAUAAAUACUUCAAAUUCAUCCGUGUUGGUGGAAGGCUUGAAAAAAGUGAAUUAUAGCACCUUGCAUCAAUUCUCGCUUUUGGUAGCUACAGUGAUUACUUUGAAAAAUCCCUUAGCAGGAAUAAUGUAUAGCCCCGUUAUGGAACCAUGUCAUGAAGGAGCUUUCUUCUGUAACAGGAGUGAUGAUUUAUUAAAAAAUGGGGAGUACUAUAGAGUACCAGUUAUAAUUGGUGUUAAUUCAAACGAAGGAGUUGUAGCGAAAGAUCUACCAGCUCUAUUCCGGCUAUAUUUGAUCAAAUAUGACAUCGAUUACAAAUCUUUAGCACCUACUGAUUUGACUUCCAGCAGUUCCAACAAAUCUUCUGCUGCAAUUGAUAUAAGAUUUCAUUAUUUUGGAGUAUUCAGCAUAGCUUUACAAGAAAAUGCUAUUGUAAAGUUCAUAAGUGAUGACCAGUUCAAUAGACCAACUAGAAGGACAGUACUUAACAUGGCAAAAUACUCACCAGUUUAUUUCUAUGUUUUUUCGUACAAAGGUUUGUUAGGAGAUGGUACAGAAGGAGUAAAAGGUGUUGGACACGGCGAAGAUCUUGGAUAUUUGUUUAGUAAUACCAACAAUACAGAAAGGACAGACGAUCAGAUAGUGAGAACUAGGCUUAUUACUUUGUGGACCAAUUUCGCCAAAUACGGAAAUCCAACUCCCCGAAACGAUAAUUAUCUGCAGAACGUGCGCUGGCAAACUGCAUCUAGCGAUUCAAGCAAUUUAACUUAUCUGAACAUUUCUGAUGAUUUGAGAAAUGAAGUUAAUCCUUUUGACAAUAACAUGAAAUUUUAUGAUACUGUUUAUAGAAAGUAUGGAUCUGGUUCAUACGACACGUAUUAGUGGAAUUUCAUAAAUAAAAGUUGAAGUUAGCAAAAUAUUUGAGAGAAAAUUCUUAUCCUAAAUAUGAAGAUUUAAACUAAAAUAUUUGCAAUAAAUAUCGAUUUGUUCUGAGAUAAAUAAAAGGUUUUUGAGAGAAAAUAUUAAGAUCGACUUUACUUGUUUAUCAAUAUGACAAUAGUUAAUGACUUUGACCAUAUAAACCUACAUUAAAAUCUCUUUAAACAUUCCUACAUUUUAUAACAUUGUCUGAAGUUCUAUAUCAAUAAAAUUUUUACUUCUCUAGUACUUAUAACUUUUGUUUAAUAGCGAUUUGAGCAAAGUUAUGCUAAAUAUUUAGUUAAAUAAAAUACCAGACAAAUGGCGACCCAGUACCAUUAUAAUCAUGUUUAAAAAAUAAGAUAAACAAUAACCAACUAACAACAAUUAAACAAUGAAAAAUCAUCAUCAACAAAAUUGACAAUAUAAAACGAUCAAAUAUUUUGCUUUGAAAUGUAUUUCUUAACGUGCAAGUGUUUUGGUUCAAACUUUCAUAUAUUAGGCUCAGAACAUCUACAUUUACGAAUGAAUCGCUCCAAUAAUUAGUUAUUGAGCUCCUCAUUCAAUUGGUGAGAAAAUGUAUAUAUAAAAGAGUAUCUAUGUGACUUCUAGAUGAUUGUAUGAUUAUUUCAAAUUAAUUUGUAAAAAUAAUAAACUGAGUAUCUAAAUAAUAAAUAUUAGAACAGAUUUAAUCUGUCAAAAACUGACUA